CUGACUGUGAGCUCGCGUUUGGCAGAACUGAGAGAUUGUCAGCCAAUAAGACGCGAGUAUUUCCACCUAUUUUCCUGUAAAACCUGUCUGAUUGGUCUCGUCUCUUUCCACUGAAGAUAUAAAAUAACCGUCUUCUUUCAAUUCAGUUACGUAGUGACAAACUGCUCCAAGUGGAGAAUUAUUCAGGGCUACAGCCCCUAAUGCCCAGGCCAGGUUACCCCCGGGUGUGGCACCAUGUUCACGCAGCUGAAGCGCGCGCUCCGGGAAAGAAGCGCGUUUUUCCGGGGAUCCAUCCCUCCGUGGAGCGCGUGUGGAAGGGCAGUGUUUUGCAGGUUUCUAUGGCAUGUGUUGAUGUUUUUGACCAUCCUGUUUGUGGCGUUGCAGUUACUGAGUGCGUUUCAUCAGUUUUGGAACAACAAACAAACAUCGAGCUUUUUGACUAGUGACAGAAACGCCACGUGUCAACCCAAGAACCAUGUUUUCUUCCUGAAAACGCACAAGACGGCCAGCAGCACCAUCCUCAACAUCCUGUAUCGCUAUGGUGAUACCCACAACUUGACCUUCGCGCUGCCGGAGAACAUCUACCAGUUCUCCUACCCGCACUUCUUCAUGUCGCACUUUGUCAAGGGCAUGAAGUCUCGCCGAGUGACAGAGUUCCACAUCAUGUGCAACCACAUGCGCUUCCAAGGGCUUGAGGUGAGAAAGGUCAUGCCCUUGGACACGUUUUAUUUCUCCAUCCUGCGCAAUCCAGUGUCCAUGAUGGAGUCUCUCUUCACAUACUACAAAUCACUCCCAGUGUUCAGUAACUUCAAGACCCUCGAGGACUUUCUGCUCGACAAAAGCCGUUCUUACAGCGAUACUGUGCCUGGUAACAAUUACGCUCGUAACAUCCUGACCUUCGACUUCGGCUUCAACAACUCGGCACCGUCCAGCAAAGUGGAACUGGACGAACGAGCCGUGGCUCUGAUUUCCGCCGUGGAGAGUGAAUUCCACCUCAUCCUGAUCUCAGAGUACUUUGACGAGUCUAUGGUGUUGCUCAGACACGCCCUCUGCUGGACCCUGGACGACAUCGUGUCAUUCCGCCUGAACAGCCGAAGCGAGAAAACCCACAAAUCGCUGAGCGUGGAAAUGACCGAGCAGGUGAAGAAGUGGAAUUCGUUGGAUUGGCGACUCUACCAACACUUUAACGCAAGCUUCUGGAGGCGGAUAGAUACAUCGCUAGGGCGCACUAAGCUCCAAGAGGAAGUGGAGCUUCUCAGAGCCAGAAGGGCAGUACUGGAGAAAACCUGCCUUUCAGGGGGUGGGGCUGUGGAUCCAGCUCACGUACUUGAUUCGUCAUUGAAGCCAUUCCAGUACGGCCAAGCGGUUAUCCAGGGAUAUAACAUUCGCCCGGGAUUGGACAAUGACACACACCGUUUUUGUCAGAGGCUCAUCAUACCCGAACUGCAGUACACCGGGGCUUUGUACGUUAAACAGUUCCCUGAUAUCGCUGCUCAAAAGGAUGAAGGAAAAAAGCGCCCCACCCCUGGCAAACACAUUAUAAAUGCUCAGAGGAACAGCACCAGUGCGCCUGUCACUGAGAAUCGCAACUCAACUGUACAAGCUAAUAUGCCUAUAUUAGCCAAAGACAAUAUGGAUGUUAAAGAUAAUGCUAACUCAGCUGAAGCAAAGCAACACAAAACCUAAAGACAAAUGAACCUCAACCUGACAUUAAACAGCGAAAUAAGCUAAAUGUGCCUUAGCCUAUGCUGUGGAGUAGAUCUCAAUUUGUUCAUAUCCAGCAGUCAGGAAAAAAAUACAAAUGAAUGUCAAAUGCAAUUUACACAAAACCGAUCAACUGUUUGUUCUUUUACUUGUGAUUAUCUUUGCACUUUGCUAGAUCAUCUCGGGUCUUAAAAUCAUGAUGAAUUUGUUAGCUAGGGGGAAUAUUUGUAAAUAUUUCACUGUUUUUCUGAAAACUAAGCAGUCCAGGCUAAGUUUCGACUAUUCUUCUUCUUCUUCUUCUUCUUCUUCUUCUGCUUCUUCUUCUUAUUAUUAUUAUGUAAACUGGCCCUAAUUCUGUAAAGAUACUGACUGAAUGUCAUUAAUGUUUUUUUCAAAUCUUAAAAACUGGUAUACAAGUAUAAGAAAUAAGAUUAUUGUUACUGUGAGAUGGUAAAUACGGGUGUAUAUCCUCUGAAUGAGAUGAUUCAGGCUAAAUGUCACAAUUUAAAUGCAGAUUUUUCUAACAAGAUUCAGUUUUCUCUUGAAAGAGAAAUGUAAGGUUUAUAAACAUAGCUGAUAUGAAAUUCAAGUUUGUAAACUGGACUAAAAAAAAUUCUGAUAUAGCCUUUGGGGGCGGGGCUGUGGUAAGUGUCACUUAUGUAGAAUUUAUUUACGCAUUAAUAAUAAAUCAUUUGUACUCAACACUACAGUGCUUUAAAAUUUCUUCCCAUUAACACUCAGUGUCCUGUUCUAUUGUUCUCUUUAAAAUUUAGU